ACACUUCAAAACAACCCCAAAAUCGACCAAUACUGGCACAACCCCGGCCCCUGCGGCUUAAUAACCCGCACCGCCCUCCGCACCCUCCAAUUUACCCUCGCCAUAAUAAUCGCCGCCCUCUACGGCAUUGACCUGUCACACUCCACCAGAACCUCCACCGCCGCCGGUUCCGAAUGGAUCUACGCCGAAGUCGUCGCCGCUCUGUCCGCAAUAACCUGCAUUGUACACUGCUUUGCGACUGUCACCCGGGUCGGAUGGUGCACUUGGGAUUUUGUGCUAUUUGUGCUGUGGAUGGCGCAGACGGGGCUUUUUGGGAAUAUUUAUGUUAAGGGGCAUGUUCAGGAAGAGUACCGGGAUGCUACGGGGAGUUUGGAGAGGAUGAGGGCGGGAGUUUGGGUUGGAUUGGUUUGUAUGCUACUUUGGUUGGGGACGUUUGUGCUGGGCGUGGGUUGGUGUUGCAGGACGAGGAAGGUUGUUAGGAGGACGGACAAG